AUGGCGGACGAUGGAUCGGCCCAGGAUGAAUCUGUAAAAGUUGUCAAGUUCAACUACAUGUGGACAAUCAACAACUUUUCUUUCUGCAGGGAAGAAAUGGGAGAGGUGUUAAAAUCGUCGACAUUCUCAGCUGGCGCGAGUGACAAAUUGAAAUGGUGUCUUCGUAUCAAUCCGAAAGGUUUGGAUGAGGAAUCACGAGAUUAUCUCUCACUCUACCUCCUUCUGGUGCAGUGCGCCAAGAGCGAAGUUCGAGCCAAGUUCAAAUUUUCUAUAUUAAAUGCCAAACGGGAAGAAACUAAAGCAAUGGAAUCUCAACGAGCAUAUCGAUUCGUGCAAGGCAAGGAUUGGGGGUUUAAGAAGUUUAUUCGACGAGAUUUUUUGCUAGACGAGUCAAAUGGCCUUUUACCAGAUGACCGAUUAAGUAUUUUCUGUGAAGUUUCUGUGGUAGCUGAAACGGUGAAUGUUACCGGACAAACCAGUGCUCAGCAGUUUAAGGUACCACCUUGUCGACUUUCUGAAGAUCUUUCGGCGCUUUUCGAGAGUAAACAAUUCAGCGAUUGUACACUGGUGGCAAACUGCAAGUCGGGCGUUCCGCAAACGUUCCAUGUACAUAAAGCGAUCCUAGCCGCUCGAUCACGCGUUUUUCAUGCUAUGUUCGAGCACAAUAUGACAGAGUCGGAACGGAAUGAGGUCGCCAUCGAUGAUGUCGAGCCUGAAGUGUUACGAGAGAUGCUGUGCUUCAUGUAUACUGGCAGCUCUCCGUGUGUCGAUCAAAUGGCGCAGCAUCUCAUCGCUGCCGCCGACAAGUACCAUCUCGAUCGUUUGAAAGUAAUGUGUGAGCAGGCAUUGUGUGCGGCUUUAACUUCUGAGAACGCUUGCGUGACUCUGGUACUUGCCGAUCUUUACUCAGCUGAACAGCUGCGAACUCAUGCCAUCAACUAUAUUAACGUCAAUGCCACGGAGGUAAUGAAUUCGGAGGGCUGGAAAGAUCUGAUUAAGGAACAUCCGUCGCUGUUGGCUGAGGUGUUUAAGGCACUCGCGACACAGCAAACGCCUCCAGUUGUGCUGGCCGGUCCACUGAAGAAGCGAAUUAAACACUGUCCAUACUGA